CCAUUCAGGCAAUAACUGAAGCACCAGAAUCGCCACAGCACAAACAUUUCUUCAUCAAGAAAAAAUGGGCUUGUCUUUGUUAUCAAAAGCAAGUCCUUGCAUUUUGUUCUUGUUACUACUCUCUUGCACGUGCUUCCCUUCAACAGAUGCUCAUGAUGCACUUGACCCUAAUGGGAAUAUCACAAUCAAAUGGGAUAUUAUGAGCUGGAUACCUGAUGGAUAUAUUGCUGUUGUUACAAUGAACAACUUCCAACAAUAUCGUCAUAUCGCAGCACCUGGCUGGUCACUAGGAUGGACAUGGGCAAAGGAGGAGGUAAUAUGGAACAUGAUAGGAGGGCAGACCACUGAACAAGGGGAUUGUUCAAAAUUUAAGGGAAAUGCCCCACAUUGCUGUAAAAAGAAUCCAUUAGUUGUGGAUUUACUUCCUGGAACACCUUAUAAUCAGCAAAUUGCAAAAUGCUGCAAAGGUGGGGUACUUAGCUCAUGGGCUCAGGAUCCAUCCAAUGCAGUUUCAUCAUUUCAAGUCAGCGUUGGUAGAGCUGGAACCACAAACAAAACUGUCAAACUCCCAGAAAACUUCACCUUGGAUGCACCGGGACCAGGUUAUACUUGCGGACCAGCAAAACUUGUGAGACCCACUCAAUUCAUUCAACCAGACAAAAGGAGAGUGACCCAAUCACUUAUGACAUGGAAUGUGACAUGCACAUAUUCUUUCUACAAUGUGAUACGAACCCAAUUCAGAAGGUAUAUAUACACGUCAGAGGCAUAAGGCCCAAGUUAGCCUUGUUGACUGAGGAGUCGGUUACGGAGGGACAACGGAAUGCAGUAACUAUCACUGUUAUUGUCUAGUUUCUAUUGUUGUUAUUGUUCUUCCAUAAUUAUAUUGUCUCUAUUAUUGUAAUCGUUGCUCAACAUUGUAUUGUUGGUUCAUAUUAAUACUGUUGGUUCGUAUUGUAAUUGUUAUUUGUUAUAUGAUAUGAGAUUAUAACUAAGGGAAAAGUAUUUAACACAACUUAUAUCCUUUCAC